GCAACAUCUAAUAGUUAGUAGAACCUGGACAGGAGGGGAUAGAGCGAACGCGUUGAGUUAAGGCGGUAAUCACCGCUCCGUCACGGGGGUCCAGCCUGGGAAGUUCCUGUAGAGAUUACACCGUGCCUAAACAGACAAGCAAAUCAAACAUAUCUAGAACUCCAACCGACAACAGGCUGAGUUCAGAUAUACGGCCAGAUACAAUUAUUUCAAGAAGCAAAAUUAAUCCAAUAGCAACGGAAAUCCACGACCUGGAACUGCCCACGGCCAUGCAAAGUGAAAACAUCAGUUUGAUUGAUAUAGAAGGAAUGGACACACCCGCCCCCAAGACUGUUGACGAGCUGGUUGAUAUGCUAGAGCUGGAUAGUUGGACUACUACGCAGCAGUAUGACUUCCAACAGUGUCAUACGUUCGGCCCAGAAGACCGGUGGCCUAUUUGACGCAGCCCAGGACGACAAGGCGACCAUUGCGGACUUUAAGAAUGAACUGGAAACUGGUGAUAUUUGGGAGGGCUGGCCCGACCUGUCAUCCUACACUACAGAGGCUUGUGGAAUCUUUCUCGAUGAAAACAGCCUCGACCAGUUUAUGGACUUGUCGCAGCUUCUCUCACAGGAACCCUUGGGAUCAGGCGCUCUCCCUGCACAGGUUGAUGACCCACAGGUUAAGAUGGAAAUCCCCCUUGCAGGCGUUAAGCGCAAACGAAGUCCGUCUGUGAUCAGCGAUCACGACUAUGUCCUGAAGAAACCUCGAGUGGCAGAAUGGACAUCUGGCACAGAGGGAUCGGUACUUCAGGAUAAGGAUGCUGCACAGCCCAGCACUUCGUCUGUGGACAGGUACAAAGAGAGGAGGCGCAAAAACAACAUUGCCUCCAGAAGAUCUCGGGAGAUCAGAAAGCAAAAAUUUGCUGACAUGGAGACUGAAGCAGAUAAUCUUGAAUCUGAGAACAGAAGGUUGGAAGUAAAAAUUGUGGAAAUGGAAAGACUUGCUAAGGAAAUGAAAGCUAUUUUGGUUAAAAGUUUGGUAAACAAAAAGUGAAUAAAAGUUUCUGCUUGUAAUUUCCAUUAACCUGACUCCAAGGGUGCCUGUGUGGAAAACAAACCAAGGUAUUGGAUGGGAAUAUAUAGCAUGUAUUUAUCACUGGCUUGAAUGCAGAGUAAACCAGCAAAAAAAUCUUUAAAAAGAAGUAAAGUGAAAAAAAGACAAUAUAAGUUUGUGUUUGUUUAUAUUUGUUAGUGCUUCUGAACAGUUACAGGUGUUAACGCGAUGGGAGGGUGGGGGUACGGGUGAUUAAAUUUGGAGUGUGAGUAAGAUAAGUGCUGAGGAUGGGGGUGGGGGGGGGGGGGGGUAGGGGGCUACUGGGGAGGGUGAUGUGGUUGAUGAAAUAUGUAUUAUAUGGACAAUGCUCAAAAUAUGUUUCAAAAAGCAGUCCUAUAUCGACACAGCCCUAAUUCAGCAAAUACAUUAAGCUACAUUUUUUUUCUGUUUAGCCUGGGCAAGUACAUGGCCGCGACAAAGUUGUUGACUGGCUGUUAUUAAUGUAUAUUGUUGUGAAUUAAUUGUUGAUUUAAUUGUUAACAUGGUUAACUGAAAGGUGUUAGAUGCCUGAUGUGACUACACCAGCUACAGAGAGAAUGCUUGUGAAAUGCAAAUAUCAUGUAAGGUUCGAUGUAAUUUUGUGUUUUAUUUAAUUUAUCUAUUUAUACCUUAAAAGGUGAGAAAAGCAAGUAACUGUCUCUUGAACUCUGGGGCCUGAAUUAUCAAGUGUUUAUUUGUAAAUGUUUCUGUGUCUUUUUCUCCCGUUAUGUUAAUGUAAAAAGUAAAAAAAAGUGAUAUUUAUCUGAGAAGAUACAUUUUGUUUAGUGGUUCAAGAAGAUAACCAGCAAAUGCACAUUUGUAGCUGUAAAUGUUUUAUAUACAUUUUUGUAUGGAAAUAAAUUUUUUAUUUGUCAGUUACAAGUGCUGGUGUUGGGUUCAAAGUGUUUGUGCAAUAUUUUGCUGAGCGUGCAGUUGAUGGUGCAGUUGAUGGACGUGUUAAAUGACUGGGGGUUAUGGGACAGUUUCUUAAUUAUGGUAAACAAAAAAUCUUUUUGUCUUGACAUGGUUAAUAGAAUAUAGAAUCUCGUUGGUUCUACUGUGUUGUCAAGAGGGUUGUCAGGUACGUGGCGAAGGUCGUUGGUUCACUUAAUGCUCUACGAUUUCCUCCACCCAGAAACCUCACCGCCUCCAUAUAAGUGAAAAGUUCUUGAAUACGACCAACCAUAUGCUACUGUAAUUUUGAAUACACUGUAACGCAGCGCAAGUAGUUAGACUGCCAGCUGUUAGUGAACUUGAUGUUUAUGCAAUAUACAAUACUACGAACAUACAUGAAUAUUUGUCCGUACCAGUUACAUUAUAGGUCUGUAUGGCGGACACUUCCUCCAUACAUAUAGGUAGGCCUGUAGACUAAACGUUAAUCCAUCUGAGCCAAACAAAGUUAUUUCUUUGGAAAAAUGACUUCUUUGGGGAAAAAAUUAUACAGAAGCGAAUUCCAGACAGUAUCUUACGUGUCCGAAAGUCAAUAUUUCAAUCCAUAUAUGAUGGGUCCUCUUUUUGUUAAAUCCUUGUUUGAUGGUGGCUCUAGGUCAGUAUGUUCGUUAGAUAGCCUGUUUAGCGGACGGUAAUUUGUAACCCAGGGCAUUACAUUUUUUUUUUUUUACCCCCAUAAACCUGUAACCGCCGUGAUAAAAGUGAAAAAGUUUUGAGUAUGGCUAUAAAUACAUGCAAAUGAA